AUGUCGUCCAACCGGACCGGCCGGCCCUCUCGCUUCUCCAACGACGAGAGCAACAAGCUCGACGGCGCAUACCCGCUCCAGCCUCUCAACACAAACCACACCAUGUCGACCGGGCGCAGCUCUCCUGCACCAUCCUACCAUUCGCAGUCAGAGGCCGGCUUCGCAGCGUUUCGCUCGCGCAAUACACGAUCCAGAUUCAGCCGCUUCGGUCAGAACAACGCGAGAGACUCGGACGAGCAGCAAGGCCUGCUGCAGGAGAGCGAUGACGAGAAUGCGACCGGCUCGAAGAGACCAGGACUGACGCCGCGACAGUCCGAAGACCAUCGCAGACAGUAUGGUACCCAUAGCGAUUCUGAUAGCCUCCCGCCGCCAUCCGCCACUGUCGUACAGCUAGGUUCGCGCAGAGCCGGGUUCAUCGCUUCGCUCUUCGCACCAAAAGAAGGCGCGUCCCGCGAUCUGAGCAGGACCAUCAGCCUCGGCGAUCCGGAUCGAGUCCGUUCCAAGUAUCCCGCCAACGUCGUUCGCAACCAAAAGUACAAUGUCAUCAGCUUCCUGCCCAAGGUGCUCUACGAGCAGUUCAAGUUCUUCUUCAAUCUAUACUUUCUACUAGUCGCGUUGAGUCAGUUCAUACCCGCCCUCAAGAUCGGCUUCAUCGCCACCUACGUCGCCCCUCUCGCAUUUGUCCUCUGCAUCACUAUCGGCAAAGAAGCCAUCGACGACUGGGCAAGGUACAAGAGAGACCUCGAAAGCAACAGCGCUCCUUACAAGCUGCUCGUUCCCAACCACUCGGCCAUCGCCAAGGCGCAAUCACGUCUCGCAAGAAAAGCUCCUUCGAACAAGCCUCUUUCGCUCGGCAGUGAUCUCGGCCAGUCCAGGGUCGUCCAGAUACCGAGCAGCAAGAUCAAGGUCGGCGACUUGGUGGUGCUCGACAAGAACCAGCGCGUACCUGCAGACAUGGUCCUGCUGCAGACCUUUUCAAACGACGCGACUAUCGAAACAGGAGGCGGCUCAACUGCUGCGACACCCGCAGAUGAUAGCACACAGUUCGUCCUUGGCGAGGACGAGGAUGAUGAAGACGACAGGCAGCACAACGGCGAAGCGGCGGCUCAAGAGUCAGGCAAGGUGGGAAACACCUCGGCACAAGACUCUGGCGCAGAAGGCUCAAAUGGCAGUUGUUUUGUUCGUACAGAUCAGCUGGACGGAGAGACGGACUGGAAGCUCCGCGUUGCUGUCGAGCUCACCCAACGCAUGCCAACUGACGACUUGGCCGUCCUCGGCAAUCGAGCGGUCGUGUUUGCAGGUCCACCGAUCAAAGACAUCCACUCCUUCCUCGGCAACAUGACUUUGCAUCCGCCACCAGAGGAUGAAUCAGUCACGCCACCACCACCAACGUUACCUCGAUCUGGGCCUACAGUGGGAGAUCUGCUCGGCGUGCCGACGGACGCACCCGAUCAGAAUCGCAGCUCGUCCGACUCGCAACGACCCGAUACGAUUAUCGCCAUGAGCCAACAACCUCAGGUGGCUCCUUUGAGCGCAGAGAACGUCUUGUGGGCAAACACCGUCCUCGCUGCAGGAACCGCCGUCGGCGUGGUCGUUUACACGGGUCGAGAGACCAGAGCCGUGAUGAACACCUCCUAUCCUGGCACGAAAGUCGGGCUUCUGGACUUGGAGAUUAAUAGGUUGUCCAAGAUCCUUUGCGGUGUCACUUUUGCACUUUCCGUCGCCCUGGUCGCGCUCAACGGCUUCAAGGGAGAGUGGUGGGUCUACAUCUUUCGUUUUCUCAUCCUCUUCUCAUCCAUCAUCCCCAUCAGUCUCCGCGUCAAUCUCGAUAUGGGCAAGACGGUGUACGCCCGCCAGAUCAUGCACGACGACGAGAUCCCCGGCACGAUCGUGCGCACCUCGACGCUGCCCGAAGAGCUGGGCCGCAUCGAGUAUCUCUUGUCCGACAAGACGGGGACACUGACGCAGAACGAGAUGGAACUCCGCAAGCUUCAUAUGGGCACCAUGAGUUACGGCUGGGACAGCAUGGACGAAGUGGCCUCGCAACUCGCUACGGCGUUGCAGCAGCAGUAUCACGGCAGCAACGCCCAACCUUUGAGUCCGACGGCCGCGCAGCCGGCCAUGUCGCUCGCUACAGCUGGAGCCAUGCUGGCCGGUCGUGGUCGUCGCGACAUGAGCUCUCGUGUCAAGGACGUCGUUCUUGCCCUGGCAUUGUGCCACAAUGUGACUCCGGUGCUCGAGCUCGACGGCAGCAUCACGUACCAAGCCUCUUCUCCAGACGAAGUCGCCAUCGUCCGCUGGACCGAGUCGGUCGGGCUCUGCCUCACGGCGCGUGAUCGCACCUCCAUGGCGCUGCGCGCUCCGGAUGGCUCUACGUUGCACUUUGACAUCUUGGAAGUUUUCCCCUUCACCUCCGAAUCGAAGCGCAUGGGUAUCAUCAUUCGCGAGCGAGCCACGGGCGAGAUCACCUUCUACCAGAAAGGUGCCGACGUAGUCAUGGCCAAGAUCGUCGCGCAGAACGACUGGCUCGACGAAGAAUGCGGCAACAUGGCCCGCGAAGGCCUACGAACGCUCGUGGUGGGACGCAGGCGGCUGACGCAGGACAACUGGCUUGCGUUCGAGCGAGCGUACAAGGCGGCUCGGGUUCAGGUCGAGGAUCGCAAUCAGGCGAUGGCGACAGCGAUCGCAGAGCAUCUCGAAAACAAUCUCGAGCUGCUCGGUCUGACCGGUGUCGAGGACAAGCUGCAGGAGGAUGUCAAGAUGACGCUCGAAUUGCUGCGCAACGCAGGGAUCAAGGUGUGGAUGUUGACGGGAGACAAGAUCGAGACGGCGACGUGCAUCGCCAUUUCGUCCAAGUUGGUUGCACGUAACCAGUACGUGCAUCAGGUGGCGAAGCUUGGCACGCCGGAUGCGGUGCGUGACAUGCUCGAUUUCGUCCGCACCAAGCUGGACUGCUGUCUUGUGAUUGACGGCGAGUCGCUGCAGGUGUGUCUGGAUUCGUUCAAGGACGAGUUCAUCGAGUUGGCGACGCAGCUUUCGGCGGUGGUGGCGUGUCGAUGUUCGCCGACGCAGAAGGCGGAUGUGGCUCGACUGAUCCGCACGCACACGCGCAAGAGGGUGUGCUGCAUCGGGGAUGGUGGCAACGACGUAUCCAUGAUCCAAGCUGCCGAUGUUGGACUGGGGAUCGUGGGGAAAGAAGGCAAGCAGGCCUCCCUUGCAGCCGACUUUUCCAUCACGCAGUUCAGCCAUCUGACCAAGCUUCUCGUCUGGCACGGACGCAACUCAUACAAACGUUCGGCCAAGCUCGCGCAGUUCGUCAUACAUCGUGGUCUCAUCAUCUCGAUCAUCCAAGCCGUGUUCUCGUCGAUCUUUUACUUUGCCCCCAUCGCGCUCUACCAGGGUUGGUUGAUGGUAGGUUACGCGACGGUGUACACCAUGGCACCCGUGUUCUCCCUCGUACUCGACAGAGACGUAUCCGAGGACCUAGCUCUGCUCUACCCGGAACUCUACAAGGAUCUCACCAAAGGUCGAUCACUCUCUGCGAAAACCUUCACCACCUGGCUCAUGAUCUCCACCUACCAAGGCGGUGCCAUCAUGAUCCUCUCGCUGCUGCUGUUCGAGAACGAAUUCCUCAACAUCGUCUCCAUUUCGUUCACCGCUCUCGUGGUCAACGAGUUGAUCAUGGUCGCACUCGAGAUCACCACCUGGCACGUGUACAUGAUCUUGUCCGAGAUCGUCACGUUGUUCUUCUACUGUGUUAGCAUCGUCUUCUUGCCAGAGUUUUUCGAUCUGGCGUUCGUGUUGUCGGGGAGAUUCGUUUGGAAGACGGCGGUGAUUGUGGCGGUGAGUGGGCUGCCGUUGUAUGUGUGGAGGGAGGUUAGGUUGCGGUUGGCUCCGCCGAGUUAUUCAAAGUUGGCGAUGGCGUGA